UAAUCUUUCAUGGUUUAUAAAACAAAAUGAAUCUUAUUAUGUAAUUAGGAGUACUCGUUCAGGUAUUUGAUUGUAAAAGAAAUACUGCUUUAUUUGUUGGUAUUUCUGCGAGUGGGCACAGGAGCCCUCCUCUUGGAGGCGGGGCCUGCAUUUUUUAUUUAUAUUUUCUAAUUUCUCUCCUCCUUUAAACUCUGACACGUCUGCAGUGAGUGAGUGGCAUUGGCAGACUGUCAAUCCCUCACCAAAGCGGCCAUCAAACAACAUAAAACACACACAGUCAGAGAGCUGGGCUCAUAAAUUUCAGCUGGCUGAUUUUUUUGCACAUUGCUUUACAGCAUGUAAUUAAUUUUUUUACAGUUCUCCCCUUUUCCUCUUUCCUAAACAAGCAAAAACUUUUGAUGGCUAUUGAUAUUAGCAGUUAUAGGGGAUUUUUUACAUUAUUUUUAUUAUGAUUUCUUGGCUUUGCAGGUUUUGCAUCCUGCUAACUUCCUAAGGAUUUUGGACAAGUUUACAAGACGAUUUGGACCGGGGGAAAAGAAUUUUAAGAAGACUGCAUGUGUAGUAAGAAAUUACAAGAAACGUGUCAGUUAUUUGUCAAGAUUGCGACCACCAAGAGAAAAAAACCAAAUCAAGAAGACUACAAUUAAGACAGUGAAAGAUUCCCAACACUGUAGGGAAAUAGGAAUAAAACCAAUAUCAAUUUCCAUGAAUAAAGGCUGAUCGCUUAUAUUCUAAAGAAAAAAAAUCGAGAAACCAGGAACUGAAACUGACUACAACACUGGCAGCUUAGAAAAGAAAUAUUUUCUAUCACAAUAAAUGUGCUUAACUGUGUGAUUUGAAAAACAAAUCUUUUGUCUUUUACUUUGAGCUGGGAAAAUAAACUGCAUUGUGUGUUGCGGCGGAGCAUGGACGAUCCGUCCAGGAUGAUGCAGACACUUGGCGGUGUAAAUCUGGCUGGUCACUCGGUGCAAGGGGGUAUGCCUCUUCCUCCUCCCCAUGGGCACGAAGGGGCAGACGGGGACGGCAGGAAACAGGACAUCGGGGACAUCCUUCAUCAGAUCAUGACUAUUACUGACCAGAGUCUGGACGAAGCACAAGCAAAGAAGCAUGCGUUGAAUUGCCACAGAAUGAAACCCGCAUUAUUCAGUGUUUUAUGUGAAAUAAAGGAAAAAACAGGUCUCAGCAUAAGAGGUGCCCAGGAAGAAGACCCUCCAGAUCCCCAGCUAAUGAGACUGGACAACAUGCUUUUGGCAGAAGGCGUCUCAGGGCCAGAGAAAGGUGGUGGUUCAGCAGCGGCAGCGGCUGCAGCAGCAGCAUCUGGCGGUUCUUCUGAUAACUCUAUAGAACACUCAGAUUACAGAGCAAAACUGAGUCAAAUCAGACAAAUAUACCACACAGAACUGGAGAAAUAUGAACAGGCAUGUAAUGAAUUCACAACCCAUGUGAUGAAUCUUCUUAGAGAACAAAGUCGAACACGACCGAUAUCUCCAAAGGAGAUUGAAAGGAUGGUGGGCAUAAUUCAUCGAAAGUUCAGCUCUAUUCAGAUGCAGUUGAAACAAAGCACUUGUGAAGCAGUUAUGAUUUUGCGGUCAAGGUUCCUUGAUGCCAGGCGAAAGCGACGGAACUUCAGCAAGCAGGCGACAGAAAUUUUGAACGAAUAUUUCUACUCACACCUUAGCAACCCUUACCCUAGCGAAGAGGCCAAAGAAGAACUGGCAAAGAAAUGUAGCAUUACAGUAUCACAGGUAUCCAACUGGUUUGGCAACAAGAGAAUCAGGUACAAGAAAAACAUCGGGAAAUUUCAAGAAGAAGCAAAUCUUUAUGCUGCCAAAACUGCUGUAAAUGCAGCUCAUGCAGUAGCAGUAGCUGUGCAAAACAAUCAGACAAACUCUCCUACCACGCCUAACUCGGGUUCUUCUGGUUCUUUUAACCUCCCAAAUUCUGGGGAUAUGUUCAUGAACAUGCAGAGUCUGAAUGGGGAUUCUUACCAGGGGUCCCAAGUCGGAGCCAAUGUGCAAUCACAGGUGGAUACCCUCCGUCAUGUUAUCAAUCAGACGGGCGGAUACAGUGACGGCCUGGGAGGUAAUUCACUGUACAGUCCACAUACUUUGAAUGCUAAUGGAGGAUGGCAAGAUGCAACUACUCCAUCUUCUGUGACUUCCCCAACAGAAGGGCCUGGAAGUGUGCACUCUGAUACCUCAAACUAAUCUCCUAGCAACAUCUAUUCCCAAGCUGAUAUGCCUUGAUUAGCACAUUCUGACCAACGGGAGAAAGAAGAAUGGUUUUCAUUAAGCAGCUACAAACUGCAUUACUGUAAAACCCUUUGUCUUUUGACAAUUUAGCUAAUAAGGCUGAAGAAGCCGUGUCUUUCUAAAAUCCUUUUAAAUAUGUAUGUAUAUAUUAAUAUAUAUAUAUUUUACAUAUACCUUGAAAAACACUCGUGUAAAGGUCAACCCUGUCUUUUCAAAUGCCUCCACCUCUGGUUAUUUCCAUGUUGCCUCUUUUGUACUGGACUGCUGUUUUCUUUUGCAUUGGCUUGUUUACUUUUAUUCACUUGUUUGAAGCACCUUAGUUAAGAAUAUGGCAUUCUUGCAAUUUCCGUAUCCUGAAUGUGCAUAUAGACCAACAUGCAAAAUUUUCCUUUCUUAUGUUUUUUUUUUUUUUUUCGUUAAAAGUGCAGUGUUACAUGUCUGUUCCUUUCACUGUUUUACUUUUCCUUUUUUAAAUAGGUUUGGCUUGGUGACCACUAGAAUAUUUUCUCUUACCAAAACUGAUAAUCUUUCUGUGAGAAAACUUGCAGUGGCACAAUAAAUGAUAACAACAUUGCUGCUUUAUUUUUAUAAUGAAGUUGAGGUUUUACAGUAUCCAUAGGGUACUGCAGACAUACUUGCUGACCUCUCCUUCCUCUUGGUAACAGAAAGGCACCAAUCAUAUGGAGUAUUGUAUAUAGUGUAGCAAAAGAGUAUUUAUACAUCUCACCAAUCAAAACAGCUUUAUUACCUCAUGCGAGCUCAUUCAAACCAAUAGAAUUUCAACAUGUUCUGUAGCUUAGAGUGCUCACUUACUACCUCUGAACAAUACUCACGCUAUAGUUUGUCUAUUUCUUACUGUAUCUUUUUGCAUCUUGUAAUUAACUCUUUUUUUUUCAUGUAAUGUAAUAUACAUUGUAAUCUUUUAAAAAAAUCAGGGUUGCAACUGCAACUUUUAAAAAGCUAAAGUGAAAACAUUUGGUCUUAAUCUAAAAAACAGUAAAACUGUUGUAAAUACUGAAAACAUUUUGAAUGUUAUUCAUCUUGUUACUUACUAAUCCACACAAAAACAAAAGAAAUAAAAAAAAUACUUGUAAUGCAUACAGAUUUCAGUAUUCAGUACUGUAUAUUUCACCCUGUAUAACAGGGAACCCUUUCUUUUUCUCUUUUGUAUUGUAUGCGAUUAUGAAAUGAUUGAGUCAUGAAAAUAAUUUGUGGCAGUGAUUCUAAUGUAUUAAAAUGUUUCGUGUUACUUUCUAACUGGAUUACACCCUGGAUUGAAAAGUCUUCCUUGUGGUAGCUAUAUGUAGUUUCAAACAUGAAUAAACUUUUUGCUUUCAUGAUCAAACAGUGAUGUACAUGUGUUUCCCUUGCACAUAAAGCUUUAAAUAACAUUUUGCACAUUCCUGCCUCUAAGAUGUAAUGAAUCAUAUGAAGUCAUUUUUUAAACAGCAAAUAUUUUUUCUCUUGAUAGUUUUCUUAGAUCUUAAUACCAUUUUGUGUUUCAUAGUAAUUUAAUUGGGAAGUGAAAUGUUAUUCAGAUCUCUUGUUGGGAAAAGAGGUUUAAUUUUAAGAUCUGUGGUUUGGCUAGUAACUGUUAUGUCACAUAAAAUAAAAUUAAUGCACUAUGGUUGUAAUUAAAUAUA